AAAGGGUCAAGAGGGAGGAGUGAAGGGAAAGAAAGAGAAGGAGUAAAGAGGAAGGAAGAGGAGAAAGAGCGAAGGGAAAAGGGAGAAGGAGAGUGUCAAGGGAAAGAGGGAGCGAGGAAGAGGAGAGGCUCCUUCAUCCAGGCGACGAGGGAAGAGCCGCCUUCCAGACCAGACGCAAGCGGGUCUCUCUCAACUCCAGCUCCCCUCCUCCUGCCUUUAUUCGUGGCUCGUUCGUCUCUCUGCCUGCCUCUGCCUUUACCCUGGAUCCGGACUGAGGCCCCGGAGGGCGGGCGAUGCCGCUGCUACACCGCAAGCCCUUCGUCAGGGAGAAGCCCCCCAAGGACCUCCGGCCCCAGGAGCACGUCUUCCUCUGCAGGGUCACCAACGAGGUCUUCAGGGACUACGAUGACUUUUUUGAACGAACCAUUCUGUGUAAUAGCCUUGUGUGGAGCUGUGCUGUCACAGGUAAACCAGGACUCACCUAUCAAGAAGCACUAGAAUCAGAAAAGAAAGCCAGACAAAAUCUCCAAAACUUUCCAGAGCCACUUAUUGUUCCAGUCCUCUACUUAGUUACCCUUACUCAGCACUCACGACUUCAUGAAGUUUGUGAUGACAUCUUUGCUUAUGUCAAGGACCGUUAUUUUGUUGGUGAAAUUGUUGAAGUACUUCGGAAUAAUGGUGAAAGAUUGCAAUGUAAGAUUUUGGAAGUUAAAGCACCAUUACAUCACAAUGGAAUGACUAAUGGCCAUGUCAACAAUGCAGAUGGAGUCACCAUAGUCAUUAGCGAUAGUGAUGAUUCAGACUCAGAUGCUAAUUCUGCACAAAAUGGGAAGGAAAAAGCCAUAAUUGAUCCCUCUUUGUUCAGGUACAAAGUGAAGCCUAUUAAAAAACAACUUUAUGAAUCUGUUACAGUGAAAGCAUUCCAGAUAUGCCGGAGGAAACAUCUUUUUUCUCGUGACAGACUUAAGCUUUUUUUGAAGCAACACUGUGAAUCCCAUGAUGGCAUUGUUAAAAUUAAGGCAUUAUCAAUUGCAAAAUACAAGAUAAGAGAAAAGAAUUUUUCCUACUUCUUCCCUGAUGUUCCUCCCACUUUUGUCUCCAGUACUUCAAACAAGCGGCGAAGGAGGCCUUCAAAGAUAGUAUCAGAUGAUCUUGAGGAUGGAGUUGCAGGAGAACAGCUUACUCCAAGAAAUGUAAGCAGUGCAGCAAAGGAAAGGGCAAGAUUCCAAAAGGAAAAAGAAGAAAUGAAGGCCAUGGAAAAAUUAAAAAAAGAGAAGGCAAGUGCUGUAGAAUCCAAGAAAAAAGAUAAAGAAAAAAGAAAGAAGGAACUAAAGAAGAUUGUGGAAGAAGAGAGAUUGAAAAAGAAAGAAGAGAGGGAGCGGCUCAGAAUAGAAAAAGAAAAGGAGAGAGAAAAAUUGCGAGAAGAAAAAAGAAAAUAUCUAGAACAUCUAAAGCAAUGGAGUAAGCGUAGAGAAGACAUGGAAUGUGAUGAUCUUAAGGAACUUCCAGUUCCAAUUCCAGUGAAAACCAGACUACCUCCUGAGAUCUUUGGUGAUGCUGUCAUGGUCUUGGAGUUUCUUCAUGCCUUUGGGGAACUCUUUGAUCUUCAGGAUGAGUUUCCUGAUGGAGUGAUUUUAGAAGUUUUAGAGGAAGCUCUGGUAGGAAAUGACAGUGAAGGCCCGCUGUGUGAAUUGUUAUUUUUCUUCCUGACGGCCAUUUUCCAAGCCAUGGCUGAAGAAGAAGAAGAAGUGGCCAAAGACCAAAUUGCUGAUGCUGGAACUAAAGAUUUAACAGAGGCUUUGGAUGAAGAUGCAGACCCCACAAAAUCUGCACUAUCUGCAGUUGCAACUUUGGCAGCUGCCUGGCCCCAGUUACAUCAGGGUUGCAAUUUGAAAAACUUGGAUCUUGAUAGCUGCACCCUUUCUGAGAUUCUCAGACUUCAUAUCCUAGCAUCUGGUGCAGAUGUAACAUCUGCCAAUGCAAAAUAUCGUUACCAGAAGCGAGGAGGAUUUGAUGCCACAGAUGAUGCUUGCAUGGAGCUAAGAUUGAGUAAUCCUGGAUUGCUGAAGAAACUCUCAUCUACCUCAGUAUAUGAUUUAUCAUCAGGGGAGAAAAUGAAGAUUCUUCAUGCUCUCUGUGGGAAGCUUCUUACUCUUGUUUCCACUCGAGACUUCAUUGAGGACUCUGUUGAGGUACUGAGACAAGCAAAACAGGAAUUCAGAGAGUUAAAAGCAGAACAGCAUCGCAAAGAAAGAGAAGCUGCAGCAGAAAGAAUCCGCAAGAAAAAAGAAGAAAGAUUAAAAGGGCAAGAACAAAAGAUGAAAGAGAAACAGGAGAGACUGAAGGAAGAGCAGAAAAAUCCUUCAAUUGAAGUGUCUAUUGGGGAGGAAGAACGGGAAGAGCUUGAUACAAGUACAGAGAGCAAAGAGGUUGAAACAAAAGAGCAAGACCUAGAGGCUAUAACAGAUUAUGAGGAUUAUAUAGUACUAAACAAAAAGAAAAGAGGAAGAAGAGGACAAAAUGGCUUUAAAGAUCAUGCAAGCCAAGUAGAGACUACAAGUGAAAAAUGUGAGCCACUUACUCCAGAGGAGGAGGAAGCUUUAAAACAGGAGCAGCUAACUAAAGAAAGAGAACUUACAGAGAAGAUCCAGAAAGCCACAGCCUGUACAAAUAUCUCUCCUUUGGGCCGUGAUCGACUCUACCGACGCUAUUGGCUUUUCCCAUCUGUUCCAGGAUUAUUUGUCGAAGAAGACUAUUCCGGAUUAACAGAAGACUUGCUGUUGCCCCGACCAUCUUCAUUUCGAGAUAAUGUACAGGAUCAUAUUGCAGAGAAAUCUCAGAUAGCCACUAAAACUGCAGAAUCUUUAAAGACUGAAUCUACCUCUAAUGGCCACCAGGAUUUGAAUGGUAGUAUCAGGGUACAGGUGUCACAGCCGAUACAUAAACCAAACCGGUGGUGGUUUUACAGUUCUCAGGAACAACUGGAUCAGCUUCUUGUGUCUCUCAAUUCCCGAGGAUACAGGGAAAGUGCCUUAAAGGAAGUUCUUUUGCAGGAAAAGACCAGAAUAUAUGAACAACUGAAGAAUUUUCCAGUUGAAAAAUUCCAUAUUUUAGAGAAACCUCAGAAUGAGGCUAAGAUACAUGCUGGACGGGGAAGAAUGCAGAAUACUUGUGAAGCCAUUCUAACAUCUGCAGAAAAACAGCUUGAAUUAAGGCUCAGAGAUUUUCUUUUGGAUAUUGAGGACAGAAUCUUCCAAGGAACUUUGGGCUCUGUUAAGGUAACAGACAGGCAUACUUGGAGAACAGCCUUGGAAAAUGGGCAAUAUGAGCUGCUAAAUGGAGAAAUAAAAGAAAAUGGUAUAAUAAAAUCUGAGACUGAAGAUGCUGAAGAGAUGGAAAUAGAUGAUCAAGAAAAAGUUUUGAUAAAAGACAGAUUGAUUGGAUUAAAACCUGAACCUCGAAGCACUGUUUCAACUAAUACAAGCACUCCACAGCCUGUGAAUAAUGCAGUCAAUUAUUUGGCAUUGGCACUGCUGAAAAUACAGCAAGGCAUUGAACGCAAAUUCCUCAAAGCCCCACUUGGCGAUGCAGAAGAAAAUAAGAGAGACCAAAAAGGAGACAAAAGGAAGAAGAGAGAAGAAGAUCAGUCUGGUCAGAAAGAUGAUGCCAGUGAUAGUGGCCGUUCCCACAAAACAGUAUUGGACCGCUGGAAGGAAUCGUUGCUUGCUUCUGCUAGCCUGUCUCAAGUCUUUCUUCACCUCUCUACACUGGAACGAAGUAUAAUCUGGUCUAAAUCCAUUUUAAAUGCUCGUUGCAAAAUGUGCAGAAAGAAAGGAGAUGCUGAAAGCAUGGUGUUGUGUGAUGGCUGUGAUCGAGGCUAUCAUAUAUACUGUAUAAGACCCAAACUUAAGGCUGUUCCAGAUGGAAAUUGGCUUUGUCCAGAAUGUCGACCAAAGCAACGUUCUAGGCGCCUUUCAUCCCGUCAAAGACCUUCUCUGGAAAGUGAUGAAGAGGCAGAAGAACAAACUGAAGAUGACAUAAAUGAAGCUAGUUAUGAGGGAAUAAGCGAAGAGGAUGAUGAUGAAGAGGAAGAUGAUGGUGAUGAUUCUGAUUCUCAAGAUGAGGAUGACCAAAGCUUACCCAGAUCAGAAAAACCUCAGGUAAAACUUGCUUUAAGAACAAGAACUGCAAAACUUACUACCACCAUUUCAAGGCAAUGCAGCCAGCCACAGAGUACCGGAAGAUACAGUUCUAGGAGUCAGCAGAAUACACCUAAAUCAACUGGAUCUUACAAAGCUACUGGGAAAGUGAUUAGAAAAACAAAGUCUGCUCCUCCAUCUGUAACAAAAUCAUCACGACCUAACAGCCGUACUACUCGUCACAAUCGCAGUUUGCUACAAGCAGAUGCAUUCAUAGAGUUAACCAGUCCACGAAGGCAACGCAGAGGAAGGAAAACAGCAGAUAAUACUCCUGCUAACAGUCCUUUGAAUUCUCUUGGCUUCAGAAUUGUUGACACUGUGGUAUCAAGUGAAAAGAAAAGCGCUCAAGUUCCUAUAGUAAAAAAUCAUCUGCUGGAUUCAGAGCCCAAAAGGAGGGGUAGGAAACGACAACUUACAGAACCUUCUCAAAUGCCAUUGAAUAGGAGGAGUUCAGGACGCCAGGGUGGAGUACAUGAAUUGUCUGCUUUUGAACAGCUUGUUGUGGAACUAGUACGUCAUGAUGACAGCUGGCCUUUCAUGAAGUUAGUUUCUAAAAUCCAGGUGCCAGAUUAUUAUGAUAUCAUCAAAAGACCAAUUGCCUUAAACAUAAUCCGUGAAAAAGUGAACAAAUGUGAAUACAAACUAGCCUCGGAAUUCAUUGAAGAUGUUGAGCUGAUGUUUUCAAAUUGCUUUGAGUAUAAUCCACGUAAUACAAGUGAAGCAAAGGCUGGAACAAGACUCCAGGCAUUUUUUCAUAUUCAGGCUCAAAAGCUUGGAUUUCCAGUUGCAUCUGGUUACACGGACCAUGCUUCUCCAGCAACCAAGAAAUCACGAAUCUAACCUUUUCCUUCUAAAGGACAUUAACUAGAGGAAUCUACUUCAUUUUCAUGGAAAAUGAAACACUGAAAUCAUGCAGCUAUACAAAGCAAUAACAUCUGCCACACCUUGGAAGUGUGGCCUGCACUAUGCUCUCAGUUUAUUAUGCACUCAGGAGAAUGUAGGAAAGAUUAUCUUUGCUACAGUUUUGUUCAGUGUCUAAUACUUUUGAUAGAUAGGUAUUGAAUAACAGUACUGGUUUACAGUAGCUUUUGUAUUUUUAAAGACCAAUUUUUAUGUCCAAAAGCCUUCCAGAAUAUUUUUUCAGCACAAGGAAAUAUUGUCAUAUUCUUUAGAUUUUGUAGGGUCUGUGACAUGUUUUGUGAAGGUUCUAUUUAGAAAAAAAAUCAUCUCCAUCAUAAUGGACAAAUUAAAAGUCUAAAGUCAUUUGACUACAAGUUUUUGACACUACGCAAAUGAGUGUGAUUUUAUAUUCUUUAAAUUACUGUGCCAGUGCUAGUUGGAAAGAUUCAGUCUUACUUUAUUAAAUAGAUAUUUAUUUAGCAUUCAAAUAAUUUGUGAACUUGUUUUUGUAUUUAUAAAAAAAAUCCUUUGAGGAUAUAAAAAUCCUUAACAUUGUUUUCUUUGUGUUUUGUUUAUAUUUCAAAUGAACAAUUAAUUGUCCUCUUUCUAUAGGACAGUUCUUCCAGCACUAUAUGUUUAUACAGUUUUUGUGUGUAAAAUAAAAAUAAAGUAAGACCAUUUUCAAAA